UCUUUUUUUGAUGGGAUGCGAACAGCUGCGAAGGCUGCUGGAAGCUUGAUCGGCAUUUUCUCACCAAUUCAAAAAGACACAAAACAAACAAUCGACAGCUGAUACCCUUGUGAUAGCCUCGGGCAAUACCGAUACAAUAGGUCAGAUUCGAAACUUCUUUUUUUGGUACCACGUUGACUAUCAAUCAAUCUCAAGAGUAUCUUUGUCGAGGCUGCGCGGAAGAAGAAGAUAUCGUGCUCACAAUAUCCAAAGACAGGAAAAUUGAUAGAUUGUUCUUUCAAGAUGAAGCUUCAAUUACUAAGCCUUUUCCUGGUAUCAGGAGUCCAUGGUUUUUCCUCGUCAUUGUCCACUCGGACCUUGACCCGUGGGCCUGUUCGUACGAGCAGUUUCAAGACUUUUGCGACUGUGGAAGGUGAUCAGAAGCAAAAGGAUUCGGUUGACGAGGAUGGCCCGGCAGCCACAUUUCUCGAGGAACCUGCCAGCGAGUUGCUGGGAAAGCCUAUUCCCUACUCGGAGCUUACCAUUGGAGUUCUGAAGGAAACCUUUCCAGGCGAAAAUCGGGUCUCGCAGACCCCCGAUAGCAUCCGUUCCUUGGUUAAGGAAGGAUUGACCGUCGUGGUGGAGCAGGGAGCCGGUGAACGGGCUUCCUUCAGUGACGCUGCCUUUUUGGAAGCAGGAGCUGUUGUCCUAGGAAAGCAACAACUGCUUGCCGAUGCCGACAUUAUCACAAAAAUCAGACCCCCCUCUGACGACGAGGUUCCCAUGCUUGCUGGAAAAACUUUGAUCAGUACGAUCCAACCAGCCAUCAACGGGGAUUUGUACAAGACUUUGACCGAUCAGGGCACCAACGUCUUUGCGUUGGAUUGUGUUCCCCGUAUGCUCAGUCGAGGACAAUCUUACGAUACCCUUAGUAGUCAGGCCAAUAUUGCUGGAUACCGUGCCGUCAUUGAAGCUGCAGAAGCCUUCCCACGAUUCUUUGCCGGACAAAUGACAGCUGCUGGAAAAGUUCCACCUGCCAAGGUUCUUGUGCUUGGUGCUGGAGUAGCAGGAUUGGCGGCCGUCCAAACUGCCAAAAACUUGGGAGCCGUUGUGCGGGCCUUUGAUGUCAGACCAGUUACCAAGGAACAAGUGGAAAGUAUGGGAGCCACCUUUUUGGAAGUCCCCUUCAAGGAAGAUGGCAGUGGAAGCGGUGGAUAUGCCAAGGAAAUGUCUGAUGAAUUCAAAAAGGCUCAGGCACAAAUGAUGUUGGAACAAGCCAAGGAAGUUGAUAUCAUUAUUACCACUGCGUUGAUCCCAGGGAGAAAGGCACCAGUGCUGGUCAAUGAAGAGAUGCUCGCUGUCAUGAAGCCAGGCUCAGUUUGCGUUGACUUGGCUGCUGCCAACGGAGGAAACGUCGAGGGUUGUGCCAAGGAUGAAAUCGUGACAACCUCCAAUGGUGUCAAGAUUAUUGGUUACACCGACUUGCCUUCUCGAUUGGCUGCUACCGCCAGUAACUUGUUUGCCAACAAUGUUGCCAAGUUCGCACUCAGCAUUGGACCACAGACCACAAAGGAGAAGGGCCAGUUUGUGAUUGAUCUGAAGGACGAUGCUGUCCAAAACAUGCUCAUCUCCUACAACGGCGAGGCACGCUGGCCUGACAAGAUUACGCCAUUCCAACCACCACCGCCACCCAAGCAACCAGAACCUGAAGAGCCUCUCACGGAGGAAGAAAUGCUGGCUUUGGCAACGGAAGAGCAAAAGGCACAGUUCAUCAAGAAUACGCAAACUGCCAGUUUGGCUGCAGCGGCCUUGGUUGCAUAUGGGUUGGCAACUGGCGAGAAGGAGAGUGUCAAUUUGAUGUCAACUUUUGCACUGGCUGGCCUUGCUGGAUACCAAGUUGUCUGGGGUGUGGCUCCUGCUUUGCACUCUCCCUUAAUGGCUGUGACCAAUGCUAUUUCCGGUAUGACAGCCGUUGGUGGAAUGCUUCUCUUUAGUCAUGCAGCGCAGUCUGGUAGCUUGAUCCCAGAUUCGCCUGCACACUGGAUGGGUGCCCUUGCUGUCAUCCUAUCGUUUAUCAAUAUCUCUGGUGGAUUCUUGGUUUCCGGAAAGAUGCUUGACCUCUUCAAACGCCCCACCGACCCCAAGGAUUUCUUCGAAUUUUACGCUCUCCCCUUUGCGAUUAUCCUCGGAGGCCUGGGAGUUUCUGCUUUUGGUGGAGUUGGAGACCUCAGCGUCAUGUCAGGCUCUGCAGGAAUCGCAUCGGCAAUCUGCUGCAUUGCAGCCAUUGCCGGACUCGCCAACCAAGAAACAGCUCGCACUGGCAACGUCCUGGGUAUGGCAGGUGUUGGUUUUGGUUUGGCCUCCACUGCUGCUGAAAUGUCGCUUGGUGGAGCAGGACCCAUUGCCUUCGGACAAGUGGGCGCUCUGGGCGGAAUUGGUGCUGCUAUCGGUGCUUUCCUUGCGUCCAAGGUCGGACCGACUGAACUCCCCCAGACCGUGGCUGCUUUCCAUUCACUCGUUGGUUUGGCGGCCAUGGCUGGAGCUGCUGGAGAGUUCUUAGGCAGCGGCAGUGGUCUUGACAUGGGAACCAUGUCGGCAAUCUACCUUGCGACCUUCAUUGGCGGAGUAACCUUCGCAGGAUCAAUUGUUGCAUUUGGAAAGCUCUCGGGAAUGAUGGAUUCAGCACCAUUGCAACUUCCAGGAAGAGAUCAACUCAACAUUGCUAUGCUUGCCACAUGUGGCUUGGGAAUGGCAGCGUUUUUGAACCCUGCUCUUGCUGGCUCUCUUGAUCCCGAGACUGUGACACUUGCGAGUCUGGGAUUAGUGGGUGCCGUCUCCUCGGUACUAGGCUGGCACCUGACUGCCAGUAUCGGUGGAGCAGACAUGCCUGUUGUGAUCACGGUGCUUAACUCCUACUCUGGAUGGGCACUCGUUGCAGAAGGAUUCCUUUUGGGAAAUCCCCUCCUGGCACAAGUUGGUGCUCUGAUCGGUUUCUCUGGUGCUAUCCUCACGUGGAUCAUGUGUGAAGCAAUGGGAAGAGACAUUGUGUCUGUCAUUCUUGGUGGCGCCGGAACAGUAGUUGCAGCCCCAACAGGGGAGGUUCUUGAUAUCUACAAGGGCGAAGCCAAGACGACAACUGUAGACAGAGUCAAGGAUGCAUUGAUGGAGGCCAAGACGAUUGUUAUCACACCAGGAUACGGAUUGGCUGUUGCUCAGGCACAAUUCGCGGUCGCCGAGAUUGCUAAGAAGCUCAAGGCCAUGGGCAAAGACGUCAAGUUUGGAAUUCACCCAGUUGCCGGCAGAAUGCCAGGUCAGCUCAACGUGCUUCUUGCUGAGGCUGGUGUACCAUACGACAUGGUGUUUGAAAUGGAAGAAAUCAAUGAUGACUUUGAAGAUGUUGACGUUACGCUUGUCAUUGGUGCAUCGGACACAGUAUCUAGUGCAGCCGAAGACGAUCCAAGCUGUAGCAUUUAUGGAAUGCCAGUCCUACGUGUUUGGAAGGGCAAGAACGUGAUCGUCAUGAAGAGGUCUCUCGGCAACACAGGUUAUGCUGGUAUGCAGAACCCGAUUCUGUUCAAAGACAACUCGGAUGUGCUUCUUGGAGAUGCCAAGGACACAUGCGAUGCGCUCCUACGCGCGGUUUCGGAGUAAGGCUUACGAAAGAGAUGUACAGCAGUAGACUGGUGGCUUUCUUUUAAAUUAUCUAGAGCUAGUGAUCAAUUCUUGCAAAGUGCAACC